AAUAAACUGACACUAUACUCCAUCAGUCCGUAUCGAUCCGCUGCAUUAACAAACACCUGUUUAACAGUGUGUUCAUUUAUUUAUUACGACUGCAGUAUCAAUCGGUUAUACAUAAGAGAAGCAAUCUUUUUUAUCGAUAAGCAUAUUUGCUCAUUAUACCAGCAUGUCGGAAAAUUCCCGUCCGCGUUUAUAUUCCUAUUUCCGCAGUUCCUGUGCGUGGCGGGUGCGCAUCGCGCUGGCCUACAAAGGCAUCCAGUACGAGACCAUUCCCGUCAAUCUGCUGAAGCGCGAGCAGAACGAUGAGAAGUACACCAAGAUCAACAAGAUGGCGCAGGUGCCGACGCUGGAGAUGGACGGGCGCGUGCUGACCCAGUCCCUGGCCAUCCUGGAGUAUCUGGAAGAGACCCAUCCCACCCCGCCGCUGCUGCCCAAGGAUCCGUUUCUGCGGGCGCGUGUGCGACAACUGGCGGAGAUUAUCGCGUCGGGCAUCCAGCCGCUGCAAAAUCUCAGCGUCAUUACCAAGGUGUCGGAUGAUCAAGAUAAGCGCACGGACUUUGCCCACCACUGGAUCGUCAAGGGCCUGGACGCCUUUGAGAAGGUGCUGGAGGAGACCAGCGGGCAGUACUGCGUGGGCGACGCCGUCACUCUGGCGGACAUCUGCCUGGCGCCCCAGGUGGUGGCCGCCGAGCGCUUCAAGGUCCGCCUGGACAACUAUCCCCACAUUGCCCGCAUCAACAACAACCUCAACCAGCUGGAGCCCUUCCAACUGGCCCACAUGGUCAACCAGCCCGACACGCCCGACGAAUUCAAGAAGGCCGUCAAUAUUGAGCAUUUGUAGAUGGGGGUGGCGGUUAAUCCAGCGAGAUUAAUUCCGGCGCAGUAUUAUGAAACUGUUUAUGCUUCUCUUCUUCAAAAAAUUAUUAAAUUAUCAAUAUUAAUUUACGGUCAAUUUGCUCAUUAAUUCCCAUGACGUUGAUUUACUGUACGAGCAAUAAACUUUUCUUAUAAUUAUGUUCUGAUUGUGAGGUACGAAAUUUGGCCGGUACGAUUGUAUGGCAAUGUAUAGCCAACCCAAUCUGUUGCAGUAAGCGCUUUUGUCCGGCAUUUAACUGCUGACACGAUGGCGAGUAUUAAUUCCAGACUCAG